AUGGAUCGCAACCUCCCCUCUGAUACCAUCUCGAGUGGUAACAAGGUCAAGAACCAACGCUAUGCUGCAGACCUGUCUGGUCAACAGCAACAAGACUCAUUAAAGAACCAGAACAGCUCUUGGUCGGACGUGAACCAGAACAGUAGUAUCAGUGACCAAGAUCUAGGCCGGAACCGAAACCAGAGUCAGACCCAGGGCCAGAGCCAAAGAGGUCAAGUCGAUGAUGUGAACCAAGGCCAGUGGUCCCAACGACAAGCCGAGACUCAACGUUCUCAGCAAUACGGUCGUCAGAACCGUGAUCUCCGUCAAGACAAUAACGUUGCAGAGGAUGAUAUGCAAGAGUUGACGCGAGAGAACGUGUUUGAUAAUGUGCAGUAUAGUUAA